AUGGACCUUAACAAAGUCGGCGAACACUAUGUCCAAUUGAUGGUCGCUGGCGGUGACAACAAAGCACGCGUGCUGCUGCUUGAUAAAGAAACCACCGGCAUGCUCUCAUUGAUCAGCUCGCAGUCGACCCUGCUCAAAAAUGACAUCUUUCUAGUGGACCAUCUGGCCAAUGCAUCGCGCCAGAAAAUGCGCCACCUCGACUGCAUCUGUUUCGUACGGCCCGUGAGCGAAAACAUCGAGAAACUGGUCGAGGAGUUACGGUCACCAAGGUACUCAAAGUACACUCUUCUGUUUUCGAAUUUCGUCAAAAAGUCCCAUCUCGAACGCCUGGCAGAAGCUGACGACCAUGAAGCAGUGGUUAAAGUCCAAGAACUGUUUUGUGAUUAUUAUACUAUCAAUCGCGACUUUUUCAGCGCUAAUUGUGAUUAUAUUUAUGGUGUGGAACGCGAUAGCUGGACCCCGUCGGGUCUGGACAGAAGCGUCGAGAGCUUGAUGUCAGUGCUACUCAGCCUCAAAAUAAAACCUCUGAUUCGGUUCGAAGAAAAUUCAGCAAUGAGCAGACGGCUGGCCGCAGAGCUCAAUCGACAGAUCCAACAGCAGGAGGGAGUCUUUGAUUUCCCGUCGCGCGACACUCCUCCCAUCGUUUUGAUUGUGGAUCGUCGAAACGACCCCUACACACCUCUUCUUAAUCACUGGACGUAUCAAGCAAUGGUUGGUGAAAUUAUUGGCAUUCAAAAUAACCGUGUGCUUUUGGAUCAGGUUCCAGAGAUCGCCGAGGAACUCCAAGAGGUGGUUCUUUCUCAGGGACAAGAUAGCUUUUUCGCCGAAGCAAUGUAUCUUAAUUUCGGCGAUCUGGGCGAGAGGAUCCGAGACUACGUCCAGCAAUACCAAUCAAAAACCCAGUCUUCACGACAGAUCCAGACGGUGGCUGACAUGAAGCGGUUUGUUGAAGAAUAUCCUGAAUUCCGAAAACUCAGUGGUAAUGUUUCCAAGCAUGUGACCCUGGUUGGCGAGCUGUCCCGCCAGGUUGAGGCAAACAAUCUACUGGCUGUAAGCGAGUUCGAGCAAAAUCUCGCGUGCUCAGAGAACCACACUAGAGACGCACGCCAGUUGCAGGAGUUUGUCUCCAGCCCAGCGAUUCCGGUCCACCUCAAGUACAGACUCCUGGCGCUAUACGCACUCAGAUACGAGCAGCAUGGCCAAAAUGCUAUUCAUGGCGUUUUACAACAGAUCCAGCCCGCCAACGAAACGCUCCGAACCGGUGUGGUCAAGCUGAUCCAACAGUAUGCUGGUGAGUCGUUCCGAGGUGCUGGCAGCACUUCAAACGGGGUUGCUGAAGCUGGAGGAUCUUUUCUCCGCAAGGCUCAGGCUGGUCUGAAAAACCUCAGCCUCAAAGGUGUCGACAACGUAUUCACACAACACAAGUCUGGGCUGGAAAACGCUCUGCUCCUCCUGGCCAAGGGCCGUCUGAGCAAAACCCGCUACCCGUUCUUCAAUCCCGGAGACGGCAGUCUUCCUCAGUGGGCGAUCCAUGGCGAGGAGACCGAGCACCCUCAGGACGUAAUUGUGUUCAUGGUUGGCGGAGCCACCUACGAGGAGGCCCGCGCAGUGGCAGAGGCCAACGCCGGGCCCGGCAGGAUGAGGGUCGUUUUCGGCGGCACCUCUGUAAACCACGAUCUUCUCUCUCAAGUCGCGCAACUAACCUGGUAA